UAACUUUCAAAUAUAAGGCGGGUAACGUCAGAGAGUUCGGUCAGCUAAACCGAACGCUUGUUUUGACUUUUGUAAUUUAUCAGCGGUAUAAUAAACCAGGAUUUAGUUCUACUUAUUUCACAUUACUUGGGCUACCAUACUGUGAUCCUUCUGGCACCAUAAUGGUAGAAGGACCGGGAUGCACUUUGAAUGGAGAAAAGAUACGUUCAAGAGUGAAAAUGGGACAGAAAGUUGUAGAAAUUCGUGGAUCAACAAUGCCAACACAAGAAAAUGAGCCUCGAACAAACCCGUUCCAGGCAUUCGUCGGAUGCCAGUACGCUGGUGUGGAGACGCUGGGAAAAGAACUGUUCUUGUUUUUUGGCCAAAGAGCUCUGAGAGUUCAUUUUGGUAUGAAUGGCUCAAUGAGAAUAAACCAAUGUGACAGGGAACCUGGGAAGGGUACGCCCCCUACGCUGGAGGUCCGACUGACCAGCGAUACCAUUCGCUUUUUCGACUCAACUGUGGAGAUCAGGCUUUCCGAGCACUGUGCACACAAAGUGAGGGCCAUGGAAAGCUUGGAUGUCUGCUCGUCCAAAUUCAGCUUCUGUCGAGCAGAAGACCGGGUGAAGAACGAGGGCUGUCGUAUGUUGUGUGACGUCCUCCUAGACCAAUCGGUCCUGCCGGGUGUGGGAAACAUCAUUAAAAACGAAGCUUUGUUUGACAGCGGGCUUAACCCUGCAGUUAAGGUCAACCAGCUGACAGACGUGCAGAUCCAUCAUCUGGUGAAGAUGACGCGCGAUUUCACUCUCCUGUUUUACAAGUGCCGUAAAGCCGGAUCUCCGCUUCACAAACACUGCAAAGUGUACAAGCGGCCGAACUGCGGUCAGUGCGCCGGGAGGAUCGCCGUCUGUCGACUUGGAGAGGACGGGCGGAUGACGUAUUUCUGCCAGCGCUGUCAGAGCGGGGACGCGGGCCAGGUUAAUGUUCGCAAGCUCCCGACCAGGAACAGUUUGGUGGGGUGGGUGCACAGCCGAGGCUCGGGAACCAGCGAGGAGGUGUGCAGGGAGGAAGAGGAGGAGUGGGCCUGCGACCUCUGCACUCUGAUAAACAAGCCCAGCAGCAGGUCAUGUGAUGCCUGUCUGACCCCGCGCCCUCAGCGUCCCAAAGAGCAAAUGAAAGAGGAUUUCUCCACUUUUAGCCCAGAUUUGAUCAAGUACCCCUGCAACGCCUUCUCCAAACCGCGGGAGGAAGUGAAAUUCAAUAGGAGAGCGGCGUUCGGAACUUCCACCCUCAUCUUCAGCGAUCUGAGCGCAAAGCCCGACCUGAUGAGAAGUCCCCCGCCCCUCCGUUCCGGGGGCGGCCGCUUGGAUUCCGGGGCCUCAGAGAGAGAUUUAAAUAAACAGAACCUCAGUCUGGGGGGCGCAAGCAGCGAUUACGGCCUCGCGGCCUCCCGCACGCAAAGCCCGUCUCUCUCCGGCGGGGAAUUCUUUGCCCCCUGCCGCCAGCCGAGCAAGAAAAUGAGAAUUGAUCGCGAGUCUUUUUCCGAGGACAAAGCACCGGCUGGACACCGUGACUUCACAAGGACCGCUGAGAUUAAGAGCCCAGAGGUGGGAGGACCCUCCCUUCCCAGCGUCCCCUGCUGCGACACUCACCGGCGCCCCUGUGUGCUCAGAGUGGUCCGAAAAGAGGGAGAGAACAAAGGCCGGCAGUUCUACGCCUGCUCCCUGCCCCAGCAAACCCAGUGCGGCUUUUUUGAGUGGGCCGACCUGCACUUCCCCGUCUGUAACCACGGGAAACGCUGCCUCAUGAGGACCGUGCUGAAGCUCGGGCCCAACAACGGACGCCACUUCUACGUCUGCCCGCGCGGAAAAGCCGGGCAGUGCGACUUCUUCCAGUGGGCGGAGCAAGGCCCCGGAGUGAAGAUCAUCCCUGGUUGCUGAGGCAACCGUCAACCCCAGCGUCGGAUUCAGUCCAGAAUGGUAUUUUUCCUGCUGACCCUCAUUUAUACUGCAUGCUGUAUGUCCACAGCUAGUCUUAGUGUCGUAUAUGUAACGUAUGCACAUUCCUUACGUGUGUUUGCAAAUGUCUGCUUUAUGUACUGUGUUUUUAAUGUGCUGAACUGUAUACAUAUAAAAAUCGAUAUUUUGGAAUGGAACCUAACUGUAAAUAUUGUACCUACCAUCAGCACUUUACCUACAUUACGCUAAUAAAUUUAUAAUUGUAUAAA